UGAAGUUGCCCGUCUCCACUAAAUAAAAUCUUGUUCAGGACGCGGCAUGGAAAAACACGUCGAUGAAACUGAAAGCAGUCUGUGAACUGGAUAAUUUGCACAGGAUUUGUCCUGAAUAACACUUCAAAAUAGACAGAAUGGCAACCUACCUGGAUUCAAUGAACAUGGACUUGCAUUCAUCGAGACGCAGGCAUCUUGGUGAACGCAGUCCAGAUCCACCGAGAUAUUGGCCACACAUCCCACCAUUUCGUCAGGAUGUGAUGAGGUCUGAAGUUCAUUCCCCGACAACAUCAAUUCUGUCUUUUAAGAGUGAUGAGUCAAUGUUUCGUCCCAUAAACUUCAGUUAUGAUCAACUAAAGUCACCAUCCCCGACACCAUCAGAUCUGUCUUAUAAGAGUGACGAUUCAAUGUCUCGUCCCAUACACUUCAGGGACAAUCAACCGUUAUUAACCGCUAAAAUAGCACCCAUGAGAUGCCGCGGAUCAGAUUACCCUGAUGAGAGAGAUGAUUCAAGGUCUUGUCCCAUAAACACCCAACAAGAGCCUCAGCAAAAGGGCCAAAGUUCAAAGGACCGUGCUUUCCUGUCAUCUGACAUUCUCCUGAUUAUUUCUGGUGUCAUUGGCAUUGUAUUGUUACUUUAUGGCAUAUUUCUGUUGUUUUACAGCAUUGUGCUGUUUCUUUUUGGUGUUGUUCUUGGUAUUAUCGGCAUUGCUUCAGUGCUCAUUCUGGUAUAUGGCAUCAUAAACAAGCAUGAGGGGUUAAAGGAAGAAGUGAUGAAAGCAAUCAAUGCCUUGUUUUAACCAACUGUGUAAAAUGAGAAGAGACAGAAGACAAAAGAAUGGUCUCUUAUACAAAUGUUUGAUGACUUAAGGUAUCUCACUGUUAUCCAUUUAAAAAAAAUGUGAAGGAAUAUUCAGGCUAGGGCUGUACAAUUAAGUGAAAAACUAACCACAAUUACGAUUAUUGCUGCCACGAUUAUGUAAUCGUGAAAACUGCUGAUUACGGUGUUCAAUUAUUAAAUAAUAAUUUAAUAGCAAACUUAAACAAAAGAUACAAACACACACAUGACGGACAUCUCUCUCUCUCCCGCACCACCGCCCGCAGUCGGCCUUUAUCCCUCUUGGGGGCUUAAUUAGCCUGAUAAGGGACCGGGUGUGUAUCACCGGCUCCGCCCUGCCACAUUCCUCCCUCGUUCUCUUAGUCUCACUUCGUGAGAGUGCAGAACAUUGUGCAGAGCGUCAUUGAGCUUGCAUCGAAAUGCAGAUCUCAAACCGUGUAAACCUGCAGUGAGUGACAGCAGCCAUUGUAAUUGGGAGAGUUUGUCGCGUUGCUCGAUUUCUGUGUACAAUUUAUUACUAAUUUAAUAACAGAUUUGUUUUGUCAUGUUAAUAAGUAGGCCAAUGUGAAUUUGAUUUGUACAAAAUAGCAAUAAGUAUUUCAGCUGAACUGUUCUAAGUGCGUUUUGGAGGUUUAGCCAGCAUAAAGAAUAUGGCAUGAAUGGCAUAUGUCAGGACAUCGCCGUCAUUGUUAUCGCUUCUGCUCUAAUAAGACCCAUUUGCCACGCCGCUGGUAUUGGUAGAUUUAACAUUUUCACGAAUCGCACAACUCCGAUAGCAUAUGAUUGUUUUUAAUUUCCAAAGUGCAACAACUGAGGCCAAAAAUGAUCUAACGAUGAUCUUACAUGAACGAGAUCACCAUUGAAGAUCUAACAGGAUUAACGGGCACCCGUCUCGCCACCAAAGGCCUUCCUGAACGCAGCAACUUGGUCGAUUAAACGGCUGUUAAUAAGUUUGAAUAUUGAAUAUGCCAUAUUACUUACUGUACGUGGACUAAUAAUUUAAGCAGUAAUUUAGCAAUAAUUACAUUUAUUCUAUACCAUAGAUAUCAGUUUUAAAUAAUUUUAAUUUGCCUUACCUUAACAAACAUUAUUAUAAUAUAAAAUAAAAUACAGUAUAAUAUAAUGCUUAAAAGAAACUGGAGCUCAGCUCAUAUCCACCAUUGAAAUCUGCUACUCCAACCACACGGUUGCUUACUUUGUGACCUCAUGGUAAUUUAAUAUUUUAAUCGACAUUAAUAAUCAUGAUUACAAUAUCAAGGGCAAUAAUCGGCAAUUAUGAUUUGUGCUAUAAUCGUGCAGCCCUUACCACAAAAAUGUAUUUCGACUCGUCCCUCCAAGAAUUACGGUUACGGUGAGGUGCUUAUAAUGGAAGUGAAUGGGGCAAAAAAAAAAUUGAGAGCUUUUCGGGGAAGGCUUUUCUGGUAAAAAAGCAGAAAUGGGAAGCUUUUAAUUUGAUAAAAACCCUUACAUUGAUUCUUCUGUUAAAACUGGUAUUAUUUGAGUUGUAAUGUUUGUGACUGCUUUUUUUGUAGUGUUCUUUAGUUUAUUUUUGCAUUGAUCUUGGCAUUGCUGCAAUGCUCUUUUUGGCAUAUGUUAUCCUAUACAUGCAUGGGGGGGUUCGUUCUAACCAUACCGACUACUGAAAUGUUGGUACCAUGGCAACACUAACCAAUUGUAUAAAGUGACAAGCAACAGAUCAUUUUGUUGAUCACUUGCACCAGUGUUUGAAGACUUUCAUGUCCAACUGUCAAUCAUUUCAAAUAAAUCAAUCUUUAUA